GACAGGGCAGAGACAGAGAGCAGCGAGUAACGACGCAUUGAGCUGAAGGAAGGAUCUCUCUCUUCCCCCGCGUAUCAGAAAAGUUUAGACAUGGUUCCACCUGAAUUGGAGCAUUUAAUCCACAUUUAGCGGGACAAAUUCGCCCCCUUUCUCUCAGACCACGGCCAGUAUCGUCGUGGGAAGAUUACGGCACUUUGGCUGGAGUUAAAAAUGUGGAUGAAUGGUCAUGGCGGGGUUUUAUCUGAAUUUGCGUGACGUGCGCGAGACCGUAAGGUGCUUUCUGCACGAGACGCUUAGCUGAGACGAGAAAGAAAAGUUUUUCUUGCGAGGAUUAAACACGUUUCCGUUUUUAUAUAUAUAUAUUUUUUUUAAAACUUUCUGGAUCCUGUUAUCAUGACGCCCGACCUCUUGAACUUCAAAAAGGGAUGGAUGUCAAAACUGGACGACUGCGGAGAGUGGAAGAAGCACUGGUUUGUUUUGACAGACGCUGGGCUGAAAUAUUACAGAGACUCGACUGCAGAAGAGAAAGACGACCUGGAUGGAGAAAUUGACCUGAAAUCUUGCCUGAAGGUGUCCGAGUUCGACGUGGAGAAGAACUAUGGCUUUCAGAUUCAGACUCGGGAGGCUGUUUUCACUCUGUCGGCCAUGACGGCCGGGAUCAGACGAAACUGGAUCGAGGUUUUAAAGAAAUCUAUCCGGCCCAGCAGCUCUCCUGACCUCACGCAAUUACCCGACAACAACAACAAGGAGAACAACGACAAGGAGGACUCCCAUAAACGCUUCCCGCUGUCUUCUCGCCGCCCCUCGGCGCGCCACGCCGACUCCCAGCCAGAGACCCCGAGCUCGGCCCAUCCCGCCGAGCGAAGGUUCGACUACGUAGAACUGUCUCCUGUUCCCGCCUCCUCCUCCGCCCCUCUCCCAUCCAGUCAGCGGGAAUCUGGGGAGGGGCAGGGCCGGGAGCACAGCCAAUGGCAAGAGGAGAGGAGCAUGAGCAGCCAAUGGGAAGCAGUUCUGUCGCGGAAGGGCUCGGGGGUGGGAUCGAACCAGAAGCCCCACCUGGACGACGAGAUUGAGAGAAAGUGGUACGAGUUGGAGCGAAUGCCGCUAAAGGACCCGAGCUCCUUGUCGUCGAUGGGAUCGCGGACGUCUAGCCAGUCGGCCAACGAGGCGCUGCAGAGGGAGGUGGCGUCACUGAGGCAACAGCUGGAGAAACGACAACAGGGGGGACGGGAAAGGGGGAGGGGUGGAAGUGUGGGCGGCGACUGCGGCCCUGAGGCGCCUUGCAGCCGCAGCCUGGCGGCCAUGGAGCGCGCCCACAGACACGCGCUGGAGGAGCUGCAGAGGCAGCAUGACCGCCAGAUGAGGGAGCUGGAGACGGAGAAGGAGCGGCUGCUGCUGGAGGAGACUCGGGACACGGCGCGAGUGAUGGAUGCUCUGAAGAAGAAACACAAAGAGGAGCUGGAGAGAGAGGUGGAGAAGGUCAGGAGGCUGAGCAGCGGGAAGUUGGACUCUCUCACUCUGCAGACACAACAACAGACUGAAACGCUGGCCUUGCAGAGAGAGCUGGCCGGUCUGUCGGAGCGUUACUCUCAGAAGUGUCUGGAGCUGAACAAAGCGGAGCAGAGAAACGCCGAGAGAGAAAGGGAAGUCAGUCACAGAGAGAGAGACAUGGAGCAGCUGAAGAAAGAAAACGUGGAGUUGAAGGGCCGCUUGACGGACGAAAUGAGCCGAACGCGAUCCGCCCUCACGGAUAGAGGCUCAGAGGACGGCAAAGACAAGAUGUCCUGCGAACUGGAGGUUCUCCUCAGAAUGAAAGAUAACGAGAUAGAGUAUCUGCACAGGGAGAUCAGCUGUCUCAGGAAUGAGCUUCAGUUUCUAAACAUGGAAAAGCAGCUGGCCUGUGAGCGGUAUGUAGAGCUGCACGGAGAGCUGAACGGGAUGAGAGGCCGCACGGAGCGCGAGAUUCAGAGUCUGAAGGAGCACCUGAGGCUGGCCAUGGCCGCCCUGCAGGAGGGGCAGAAGCUGGGCAACAGCCUGGACCACUGACUAGCCGCCGGGCUGGAGUCGGUCCGUAAUCCAGGCAAAGGACGGAACUCUUUAGAGUCUUUUUUUUUUUUUUCCCAAUUAUUAUUAUUUCAACCCUUCUUUGUUCCCGGACCUUAGUUUUUCAGCCUGCAGGGCGGCUGGAUCCAAAGGAAAUACCCGUGCAGAACUUUUACGGCCGUGCGUCGGAAAUCGAACGCGUCUUUCAAGCCGAUUUGCCAACGAGUCGUUUUGUCGGCUUCAUUACACUGGGCCUUAAUUUGUACUUCAAAAAACAAAAUAAAGAAAAGUGCACUUUUCACUUUUGGUUUUGCUCUUGAGAGUGCUAGCUUGUAUCGAUGUGCAUUUGGUCUUACAACUGGAAUAUGUGAGGUUUUUUGUUUUUAUAUAUUUUGUCGUCCUCUGUAGAUGGUUUGUACCGUCUUCAUUUUAAAAGCGGAGGUCAGACUCUUA